AUGCAGACCACCAAGGCCGUCGCGGAACUCCAGGCGGAAGUCUCUCAGCUCCGCAACGAGCUGCAGACUCUCAAGGGAGCAUCCAGCUCUGCCAUCGCCCACGACACCGUCUUCGUCGGCCAGUAUCUCAUCGAGCGUCUCGUUCAGCUCGGCGUCACGAAAAUGUUUGGUGUCCCCGGAGACUUCAACCUCGGCUUCCUCGACUUCGUCGAAGACCAUCCCAAGAUCGACUGGGUUGGCAAUUGCAACGAACUCAACGCCGCGUAUGCUGCUGACGGCUAUGCGCGAGUCAAUGAAGGUUCGCUUGGUGUCAUUACUACAACAUUCGGCGUCGGCGAACUGAGCGCGAUGAACGGUAUUGCCGGAGCCUUCUCUGAACACGUACCUGUCCUCCAUAUCGCCGGUGUCCCAAGCACCAGCCAACAGAAGUCAAAGCCGAUGCUCCAUCACACCCUCGGCGACGGCCGCUUUGACGCGUACAUUCAAGCCGCGAAGCAGAUCACGAUCGCGCAGGCUUCGCUGACCUCCAAGGACACUGCUGCGGCCGAGAUCGAUCGCAUCAUCACCCAAUGCGUAGUCACUGCCCGGCCAACAUAUCUCAUGAUGCCGACGGAUCUUGCGUAUGAACGUAUCUCAUCCGCGCGGCUGAAGACCCCCCUCAAUCUGGAAGCGCCAGAAAACGAGCCGGAGACGGAAGCAUUCGUUCUAGACGAGAUUGCGAAACUCGUGGACGAAGCUGAGAAUGACGCGAUCAUCCUCGUAGAUGCGUGCGCCGUCCGUCACGGGGUCAAGAAAGAGGUCGAGGAGCUCUACAAACGCACCGGAUUCCCGGUGUAUGCGGCGCCCAUGGGCAAGACCGCCGUAGACGAAACAUAUGAGCGCUAUGGUGGUAUCUACGUUGGCUCAAUCUCGAGUGAUGAAGUCAAAGAGAAGGUCGAGAACGCGAAACUCAUCAUCUCCGUCGGCGGUUUGAAGAGCGACUUCAACACCGGCAACUUCACCUACCACAUCCCCACCAGCCGCACCGUCGAGCUCCACUCGGACAACACCCGCGUCCAAUACGCCGCAUUCCCUGGGAUAGGCAUGAAGCGUCUCCUGCCCAAACUCACCGCGCGCCUGCGGGGGCUCAAGGAGGGCACCGUGCAGGUCUCCGUCCCCAAGUUCGUCCACCCGGUCCCGCAGGAAGACAACGACAUCAUCUCGCAGGCAUUCCUCUGGCCGCGCGUCGCGCAGUUCUUCCGCCCGAAUGACGUCAUCGUCGCCGAGACCGGUACCUCCAACUUCGGCGUCCUCGACGUGCCCUUCCCGUCCGGCGCCGUCUUCCUCGCCCAAAUCCUUUGGGGCAGCAUCGGAUGGAGCGUCGGGUCCACUCUCGGUGCGGCUUUCGCGGCGAAGGACCGCGGGAUGGGCCGCACGAUCCUCUUCGUCGGUGAUGGCUCGCUCCAACUGACCGUACAAGAGUUCUCGGUCAUGAUGCGCCACGACCUCAAGCCGAUCAUCUUCGUGCUCAACAACAGCGGAUACACGAUCGAGCGCUUCCUGCACGGCAAGACGCGCAAGUACAACGACAUCUCCAACUGGAAAUGGACCAAGUUGCUCGACACGCUCGGUGGCGAAGAGGGUGUAAACGCGAAGUCGUGCACCGUUCGCACCAAGGACGAGCUCUCGGCGCUGCUCGAUGACCCCAAGUUCAACGCGGCCGAGACGAUCCAGCUCGUCGAGCUCAUCAUGGAGAUGCACGACGCCCCGCGCUCGCUCAAGAUGCAGGCCGAGUUCAGCGGGCAGACGAACAAGUACAGCUCCGCCUGA